ACUAGAUGUUUAUGGUUGGACAGUACAAAUAAAGGAAGUCACGUUGAGCAUUUGAGCUGUGGAAUCGUACUUUAGAUGUUAAGCAAUUCGACUUGCACUAAUAGCCAUUCCUACGAAAAAUACUGUGGUGAUGAAUCUUGCAAAUUAUGAAAUGGGCCUAAGCUUGCGCACGUUCCUAGAAUCAAAGUUGAUUGCAGAAUGUAUCUCCCCUUCCUGUAAGCAGAUUGCCAUGUGCUGAUUACAAUUUGAUUAUGACACCGGACCAAUAAUUGACACAGGUCUUCGUCAAUUUAUUUGUUUAUUAUAUGUCACCAGCGCAUCAUUCAGUUCAGAGAUAAUUGCCAUUAGUCUUCGUCAAGGAAAUGGGUACCGGUGAUUAUUCAUACUGUUCCUACCUACCAUUUUACUAUGACACCGGACCAAUAAUUGCCAUAGGUCUUCGUCAAUCUAUUUGUUUAUUAUAUGUCACCAGCGCAUCAUCCUGUUCAGAAAUAAUUGCCAUUAGUCUUUGUCAAGGAAAUGGAUCAUUAUUUGCUGCCAUAUGCAUAUGCAUUGGUGAUUAGUCAUACUGUUCCUACCUAUGGUGAUGGUCCUCACCUACUGCUACCAAUUUUAUUAUGCAAGGAUCAUUGUAACUCUUCUUAUCAACAUCUAUUCCCAUCCCAUAAGCCUCUUGUUGGUCUCCGGCUGCACAUUGUAGCCAAUGCUGAUUGGGGAUGAACAACAACAAACUGUCCUACGUUUGAGAGGAGCUAAAAGUUUCUGGAGUUUUCUACACCUGGACUUAAAAUCAGAACUGCUGUGGUUGCCGAUGAGCUGAACAAUGUAUAUUGGUCCCAGCUCUAACUCCCUCCAGUGGCAAAAGUAGAACUGAGAUGAACUAAGUUGAUCUGUAGUUCCCACCAAGAGAUCUGGCAGAGUUAAAGGGGAAGACAUGCAGACAAUUAGUGUUUGUACUCCAGUGUCAAACUUGUAAUAGCAGCACUGUUUUUGGUCACCAAGAGGUAAAAGGGUAAAAAGGAGGAUGGCUGAAACUGCAAUAUAUCUAGCUCUCAGAAGAAUAGGUAUUGCCCUGGGACGAGAGAAAACUACUGCUUUGGGUCAUGAACAGGGUGAAAGGUCAGUCAGAGGUGCUGUGUCCAUUUUCCUGAAUGCUUUUGGAAAAAAACUGUUCGCAGCAAUGUUAGAAGAACUAUCAGUCACGACAGGAGCAGAACUGCAAGGUAGAAUGAGGCGGAUAGAAAGCGAACUUCUCAUGAUUCAUUGCUUCCUGGCUCAAAUGGAGACCAGAUAUGACAACAAUCAGGUACUUCAAAGUUGGAUUGGGGAGGCACGGAAGCUGGGAUGCCUUGUUGAACAAACAAUGGAUGAAUACAUUGUCCGGAUUCUCCAUAUACAGGGAGAAGGUGUUGGGAAGAGACUGCUCGAUGUGCCAUCAUUUGCUCUAGCCUCACGUCGGUUGGCUGCUCAGCUUAAAGAAAUUGAGGUAGAACUCGAGCAUCUUUCAAAGAUGAAAAAGCGCUGGGUUCAAGUGGAUAGCCAAAUUUCAUUACCUGUAUUUUCAAUACAUUCUUAUGCCACUAACGAUGAUCCUGCAUCGUACAAUGCAAUGAGGGAAGAACUGAUUAGAUUAUUAGAUAGGGAAGAACAAGGUCUUUCUGUGAUAGCAGUUUGCGGUCAACCUGGGUCAGGGAAAACCCAUCUUGUCAGGGAUGUUUAUCAACGCGUGAGGAAAGAUUUUGACUGUGCUGCAUGGAUUACCUUGUCCCAAUGUGCCAGUACUGAUGAUGCUUUUUUGAAAAGAACGAUUCGAGAACUAAAGAUUGAUGAUAUUGUCAAUGACAGUGCCACUGCUCAAGAGUCUGGAUCAUAUGCACUGAUGAAAGAUCUGAACAACAAGAAGUUCCUGCUUGUAUUCGAUGAUGUACGGGUGCCAGAUGCAGUUCGAAAGGCAUGCCAUACCUUUUUCAACCAUAACAUGGGUAGUCGAAUAAUCAUAAUCACUCGGAUGCCUAGGGUUGCUUCCGCAAGCGAUUGUACAAUGGAGGCAGAGUUCCACACACCAUCUAGUUCGUCCGAACCAGCAGCACCCUUGGUUCCUGGUAAAACAAGACCCAAGAAGAGGAAAAGUGCUGCCCAGAAAACAUCCAAUCUUCAAAAUGAUCAUGGACCUUCAGGAAGGUGGCCAGCCUCCAAGAAACAUUCGGACAUCCAGGACCUGGAAUCCAUGGAGCUUACAUGCUUACGCUCAGACCAUGCUUUCAGUCUCUUCUGUACAAAGGCUUUUGAAAGACCAAGUGACUGCCCUGAUUUUCCUCAAAAAAAAAGAAGUGACUGCCCUGAAGAACUAUAUGAGGCAAGCUGGAAGAUCAUUAGCAUGUGUGACCAGCUGCCGCAAGCAAUUGUCUCUAUUGGAGCAUCACUCUACUUAAAGCAAAAGACACAGUCAGUCUGGAAUGAAAUGGUCGAACAAAUUCGUCGGAUUAAAAAUAGCAAAUCCAGCCUGAAUGAAAUACAAAAGGUUCUUUAUGUAAGUUAUAACAACUUGCCGAUGCAUCUAAAGAACUGCCUUUUGUAUUGUAGCAUUUUCCCAGCUGGCCAUCUCCUGUUGCCAGAGAGGCUUCUCAGGUUAUGGAUCGCAGAGGGAUUCAUUGAGAAACAGGGAUCAUCUCAACCGGAGGAAAUUGCUUACAGCUAUACAAUUGAGCUUAUCCGCUGGGGGUUUCUUCAAGUAAUGGACCGGGAUGAACUUGGUAGAGUAGCAAGCUGCACGAUGCCAAUCGUGGUGCAUGAGCUGGCUGUAUCUAUCUCUCAAAAGGAGGGAUUUGGAGUUGCCUGCCAUGGUGUAAAACUAGCAGAGAUGGAUGCCAAUGUCCGCUGUCUAUUUAUGUCCAAAUAUCCUGAAGAUAUUGGAUCAUUAACAGAUUUUCCAUAUCUUCGAACUUUUAUAGCAAGCGACGAUGCUGCUUUACCUUUGCCCUCCUUGCCAGCUUCAUUGCCAAGCAAACAUAAAUAUCUUACUGUUCUGGAAUUGCAAGGAUCACAACUUAAAGAAUUGCCGGAUGAUAUUGGCUACCGGCUGUUUAAUCUGCGAUAUCUCGGCCUGCGGAAUACAAAAGUAAGGCAGCUUCCAUAUUCCAUGCACAGGCUUUACAGUCUGCAAACUUUGGACCUCAAAUGGAGCAAAAUACAGAAACUGCCAGGUUGGAUAGGUGGCCUAACGAGACUGAGGCAUCUUUUUGCUGAUAAUUUGAUCGACAGAAGGCAGGCAACAUUCCCAUACUUCACGAGUCUGAAAGCACCAAAGGGCCUGAAGCACUUGAAAGAACUACAGACACUUGAGACGGUGCAAACAAGCACCUCCUUUGAGAAGAAUGUGGACAAGCUGACCCAGUUAACAAGUCUAAGCAUUGGUAAUUUGGAAGGCAGAGCCUGCAAAACUUUGUUUGCUUCCUUGUCAAAGCUUUCAUCCCUUUCAAGCUUGAUGGUCAGCGCAUGCGACAACAAGGAGGAUCUUCGCUUUCAGACCCUGAGUGCAGAUCAUCUGAAAAGGUUUGUUGUAAGAGGCAGGUUGACCGAUAAGACGUUUCAGAGUCCCAUUUUCAUGUCUGAAAAACUUCAAUCUCUGGAGUUAAGCUGGUGCAACCUGUGGGAGGAUUCACUCAUGCUGCUCUCUACAAAAUUAUGUAACCUGGUCUCUCUCAGCCUCCACAGAGUCAGUGGCAUCAACCAGCUGGUAUUUCAAAGAGACAGCUUCGCCAAGUUGAGAAGACUUGUACUACGGGAAAUUAAUGCGGUCAAUGAACUCGAUAUUCAAGAUGGCUCAUUGGGAAGUCUCGAAUUGCUGCAUGUGGAGUCACUAGCUUCACUUGACAAGCUGGAAAACAUCCGAGACCUUACGAAAAUCAAUUCCGUCAGGGAACUGUACUUUCCGAAGUUGGUCGCUCUUCAAAGAGGAAGUGAUAACAAAGGGAGAAGCGGCACAUCGUCACCGAUGUAGGCGUACAAGUAAGCUUGUGCUUGUUGUCUGUGUUGGUCAUUCGUCGUCAAUCAAGCAUGGACACCGUUGCUGUGAUAUGCUCAGAGUAACCUGUAAUUUGCCCUCUAUGGAUACAUUUGCUCUUUCUUUAUGUUCUGUUGCUGGCGUAUACGUUUAAAUUUGUGCACUCAUAAACCAAGGAUUUUGUAGCGAAUAAUUAUCGACACUUUAUUUUCAUUGGGUUCAAAAAAUCAUGGAAACUUUUAUGUAUUCAAUGUCAGGAGCCCUUCCUGGUUCAGUGGUCCUUUUUGUCGAAGUCAUGUUU